AGCGUCCGGCGUCCCCGGCGACGAGGAGAAACAAUUCUGCCGCAUCUUCUUCUUCUUCCGGCGCUCAUCCGGUUCCCACGCUUUGGCACGGCACGGCACAGACGCGGCACGGCACGGCACGGCAUGCUCCGACGCGCGGCCUCCAUGCUGCGCGGGCGCGCGGCCUGGAUCCCUCGUCGGCCAGUGGCGGCCGCGGCAAUACUGGUCCGACGCCGCCCGGAGCCGGAGGCCCGCCUCCGCGCCGCCGACGGCCGGGGCUACGCGCGCAUGGCGCGGCGGAUGCCGCCCACUAGACCUGACGGGUACUCCACCUCCGACGGCGAGGCCGACGCCUAUGGAUACGUCGAGAAGGACCCCGAGCCGGCCGCCGCGGACGGCGAGGAGGACGGCACCGAUGGGGAGGGGUGGGAGGGGUUCACGUUGGACCUGGGCGCCGGAUCCAACGUGGACGACGACGACGAGGAGGAGGAAGAAGAGGAGAAGUAACGCGAAGUCCGCCGGUGAUGAGGAGGAAGCGCAAGCAAGGUGUUUGUUGAAAUGACCAACGCCAUCGUUUACAUUCCCGUCGCUCCAAUUCCUAUGUACUCCCUAGCAUGGAAAAUACUACUCCGUAUUUAGUUGUAUUUUAUUAUUUGAAGAUUUGAACUGUUAUAUAAUCCGUAUACUAAUCCCGGUUCCUGCACAUCUUUGUGCUAAGUGUGCUUGUACGCUUAAUGUGACCGAUAGUUGGUUAGACUCUA